CCGCGCGGCCGGAAGUGAGCGCGCCGGCAAGAUGGCGGCUCCGGUGGUCCAGCUGCGGGCUCUUUGCCGACUGUGUCGUGUGGUGCUGUUCCUCUCGCAGUUCUACAUCCUGUCGGGCGGCGGGUCCUUCAGCGAGGAGCCCUCGCAGCCGCUGCCGCAGGCCAUCAAGGACCCGGGCCCCACACGGACCUUCACUGCGGCGCCCAGGGCGGCAGAAAGUACCGAUAUCCCACCUUAUAUGAUGAAGUGUCCGAGCAAUGGCCUGUGUAGCAGACUUCCCGCAGACUGUAUAGAUUGCAAGACCAAUUUCUCCUGUGUCUAUGGGAAGCCUGUUACUUUUGACUGCACAGUCAAACCUUCUGUUACCUGUGUUGAUCCAGACUUCAAAUCCCAGAAGAGUUUUGUCCUCAACAUGACCUGUAGGUUCUGCUGGCAGCUCCCGGAGGCUGACUAUGAGUGCUUCAGCUCCAGCAACUGCAGGGUGGUGUCCUGCCCUCGGCAGCGCUAUGCAGCCAACUGCACUGUGCGGGACCACAUCCACUGCCUGGGUAACCGCACUUUUCUGAAGAUGCUCUACUGCAACUGGACUGGAGGAUACAAGUGGUCCACAGCCCUGGCUCUGAGCAUCACCCUUGGUGGGUUUGGAGCAGACCGCUUCUACCUGGGCCAGUGGCGAGAAGGCCUCGGCAAGCUCUUCAGCUUCGGGGGCCUGGGAAUAUGGACGCUGAUCGACGUCUUGCUCAUUGGGGUUGGCUACGUGGGACCAGCGGAUGGCUCUUUGUACAUUUAGCUGCAGUUACGUGCUUCAGAGAGGAGCGGAGCUUAGCAAAUAUGCUUUGCCUGUGGGAAUCCACGUGCUUUGAGGGACCUGUAUGUGUGUUUAAUGUACAGCAUCUGUACUUUGCCUGCCUUGAUGAAGGUAAAAUAAAAAACAGUGAACCAUGCUUAUCUGGAAUUUGGUUUUCUUUGCCUGAAAUUUUUUUUUUUUUCUGUGAAAAAAUUUAAACUGGAAGAACAACCUGUGCAACUGAAAAUCUAUUUACUUCCUAGACUUGAGUUUUAUAUUACUUACCUCAGAGUGUAUCAUUUGUAUCUCCAACUUGAAUGUCAUUUGCUGUAAAAAACAUUUCAGCUAUAAUUGCAAAGAGUGGAAAAUCUUUUCAUUCUUCAGCUAAAUAAAGUUAUCUAUCUAAACUUCAGUCAUCUCUGAGUUUUGCAGUGUAAUAAUGUCUGUGUAGUGUGGUCUUUCUAUGUGAUUGUUUGAAAUAAAUGCAGAACUUUUGUGUCUGGUUCCUGUAAUUGCAAUUUUGUUAGUAAUAUAAAAGGUUGCAAGAGUACUGGAAAAUAAAUAAAAAUACAAGUUACUUUAAAAA